AUGGGUUUCCCAGUGGGUUACGCCGAAGUCUUCUUCCCAAACCUAUUACUCCACACAUUAACCCUCCUCGGCCACCUCCGAAACCUUGUUAUCCACCUCUUCCACUUCCUCGGCCUCUCCGAUUUCCUCGAAACCGACACCGUCUGGCCCCACACCAACGCAGAAACUCCUCUCACACCAGGACCUACCAAACCCCCCUCCGUUUCAGCAGUUCUGAUCCGGGAGCUCUUACCGGAGACAAAGUACGGCGACCUCGCCGGAGCCGAAGAAGGCUGUUGCUGCGCGGUUUGUCUGUUGGAAUUCUCGUCGGAGGAAGAGAUCCGGUGUUUGAGAAACUGUAGACAUAUAUUUCAUCGAAAUUGUGUGGACCGUUGGAUUGAUCUUGAUCAGAAAACAUGUCCUCUUUGUAGAAGAGCUUUUGUGCCUGAUGAUAUGAUGGAGGAUUAUAAUCAACGUCUUUGGGAUGCUUCUGGUGUUAGUGAGUUUUAUAGUUAUGCAGAUUACACUUCUUCUUUUUAA